UCUAUCGGAUGUCGCGUCCCCGCUGACCGGAUAGUGUUUGUGGAGAAGAAGUUUUGUUUGCGACUUUUUCCCCCCCCGUCCGCCUCGGCUCCACUUCUUCCAAAAACGCGACAUGUUUUCGGUGUGAAUUCACACCGCGUCGGUGUUUACCGUAACUCUCCGCCCUUUGAUAGUCGCGUCACCACUCCCGUCGACACUCAUCUACGCGGGCUAGCUAACGUUAGCCUCCGCUUGACUCUUUUUCUAGCCGCUUGUGUGGAGCCUCAGCCGGGCCGGAGAAGCCAUGGGGAACCGGGGCAUGGAAGACCUGAUUCCCCUCAUCAACAAGCUCCAGGACGCCUUCAGCUCCAUCGGGCAGAGCUGCAACUUGGACCUUCCUCAGAUCGCCGUGGUCGGCGGGCAGAGUGCCGGGAAGAGCUCCGUGUUGGAGAAUUUCGUGGGCAGGGACUUUCUUCCGAGAGGAUCAGGCAUUGUUACCCGCAGACCUCUCAUUUUGCAGCUGGUCAACAAUAAAGCAGAAUAUGCUGAAUUUCUGCACUGCAAGGCAAAGAAGUUUGUGGAUUUUGACGAGGUGCGCUCAGAAAUCGAGGCGGAGACGGAAAGGAUAACAGGCUCCAACAAGGGAAUCUCUCCCAUCCCAAUUAACUUGAGGGUCUACUCUCCAAAUGUUUUGAACUUGACCCUGAUCGAUCUUCCGGGAAUGACUAAAGUGGCUGUGGGAGACCAGCCGGUAGACAUCGAGCACCAGAUCCGGGACAUGCUCAUGCAGUUCAUCACCAAGGAAAGCUGUCUGAUCCUGGCUGUCACGCCGGCCAACACCGACUUGGCCAACUCGGACGCCCUAAAGAUUGCCAAGGAGGUGGACCCCCAGGGGUUGCGCACCAUUGGUGUCAUCACUAAACUGGACCUGAUGGAUGAAGGCACGGACGCAAAGGACAUCCUUGAAAAUAAACUAUUGCCACUGCGGAGAGGUUACAUUGGUGUGGUGAACAGAAGUCAGAAGGACAUUGACGGCAAGAAGGACAUCCGCGCUGCUCUGGCGGCCGAGAGAAAGUUCUUCCUUUCCCACCCUGCCUACAGGCACAUGGCGGAGCGAAUGGGCACGCCGCAUCUACAAAAGGCUCUCAACCAGCAACUGACCAAUCACAUCAGAGACACACUUCCUGGUCUGCGCAGCAAGCUGCAGAGUCAGCUCCUUUCCCUGGAAAAGGAAGUGGAUGAGUACAAGAAUUUCAGCCCAGAUGACCCGACACGCAAGACCAAGGCUCUGUUGCAGAUGGUGCAGCAGUUUGGCGUGGAUUUUGAGAAGCGUAUCGAAGGCUCCGGAGACCAGGUGGACACCAACGAGCUGUCUGGUGGCGCCAAGAUCAACCGCAUCUUUCACGAGCGCUUCCCGUUUGAACUGGUCAAGAUUGUGUUUGAUGAGAAGGAGCUGCGGCGAGAAAUCAGUCACGCAAUCAAGAACGUUCACGGUGUGAGAACGGGGCUCUUCACCCCCGACCUGGCCUUCGAGGCCAUAGUCAAAAAGCAGAUCCUCAAACUCAAAGCGCCCAGCCUCAAAUGUGUGGACCUGGUGGUGUCCGAGCUCACCGCGCUGGCCAUGAAGUGUGCCGCUAAGCUCAAUUCCUACCCGAGACUGCGAGAGGAGACGGAGAGGAUUGUGACCACCUACAUUAGGGAAAGGGAAGGAAAGAGCAAAGACCAGGUUCUGCUGCUGAUUGACAUUGAGCUGUCCUACAUCAACACCAACCAUGAGGAUUUCAUUGGCUUUGCUAAUGCACAGCAGAGGAGCAUAGUGGCCAACAAGAAGCGGGCCAUGCCCAACCAGGGUGAGAUUCUGGUGAUCAGGAAAGGCUGGCUAACGAUCAACAUCAGCAUCAUGAAGGGGGGCUCCAAGGAGUACUGGUUCAUCCUUACAGCAGAGGCCUUGUCCUGGUACAAAGACGAGGAGGAGAAAGAAAAGAAGUACAUGCUGCCUCUGGACAACCUGAAGAUCAGAGAUGUGGAGAAAGGUUUCAUGUCCACAAAGCACAUCUUUGCAAUCUUCAACACUGAGCAGAGGAACGUGUACAAGGACCUACGGCAGAUAGAGCUGGCGUGCGACUCUCAAGAUGAUGUGGACAGCUGGAAGGCGUCAUUCCUCAGGGCCGGAGUUUACCCGGAGAAGGACCAGGUGGAGAAUGAAGAGGCCGCUCCGGCGGACACCUUCUCUAUGGACCCUCAGCUGGAGCGUCAAGUGGAAACCAUCCGCAACCUGGUGGAUUCAUACAUCGGCAUCAUCAACAAGUCCAUCAGAGACCUGGUGCCCAAGACCAUCAUGCACCUGAUGAUCAACAACGCAAAGGACUUCAUCCAUUCGGAGCUGCUGGCCUACCUCUACUCCUCUGGGGACCAGAACAGCCUCAUGGAGGAAUCGGCCGACCAGGCCCAGCGCAGGGACGAAAUGUUGCGCAUGUACCACGCCCUCAAGGAGGCGCUGAACAUCAUCGGUGACAUCAGCACCACCACCAUCGCCACCCCUGUCCCCCCGCCUGUAAAUAGCACCUGGAUCCAAGAUGCCAGCCCAACCCCUCAGCGCAGGCCGCCCCCCGCCGCAGCCGCGGGCCCCAACCGCCCACCCGCAGUCCGCGGCUCGACGCCCGGACCCCCCAUGAACCCAUCUCCGGCCUUCGGCACCCCGCCGCUCAACCCGUCUCCCGCUUUCGGCGCCCCUCCGAUCCCAUCCCGACCAGGGCCGCCCACCAGUGCCUUCAACAACUUCCAGGACCCCUUCAGCGCGCCCCCGCUCAUCCCCUCCCGGCCGGCCCGCAUCCCACCCGGAGUUCCCAGCCGAAGACCCCCUGGGGCUCCCUCUCACCGGCCCACCAUUAUCCGCCCUGCUGAGCCCUCCCUGCUAGACUAGCCCCCCCCGCGCGGUGGCCGACCCCAAUUCUCUUGUUUGUGUGUGUGUGCGCGGGUGUGUGUGUGUGUGUGUGUGUGUGUGUGUGGUGGGGAUAGAAGGUCGCACCUCUGUACUGUGCAAAGUGUACAGAAAAUAAAAAUAGGAUGCAUUAAAAGGCUAGUUGUUAAAUAACUUAUUGCCUCCCUCCCCAACUCUUCAUUUCCCAAAAGCAUGCUAAUCAAGCAUCUUUUUUUAUUAAAGAAAAAGAAAAAAAAAAGGAUAAAUGUAGCUUUAAAAACAAAGAAUGGUGAUAAACCUGAGCACUUGUAAUGGUGAAUCGCUUUCAAUCUUGUUGUGUCCACACACUUCUCCGACAUGUCACGUGACUAAUCUACCGCCAUGCCUUUUAUUUAUAACCCACGUCGUCAUUAUUGGCUUGAAAUCAUCCUCAGUGCUUCAUCCCAUUUAGCCGUGCUGGGAGUUUUGCUGUUUGAUGACUUUCACAAAACAAACAUCACUAUGAAACUAUUCCAGCCUCUUUUUUUUUUUUUUUUUUUUUACGCCUUUGUCAGCA